UGGCUUUGGUCUAGACAUCCAUAUAAACUCGUCUUCUCCCCCCCUCGAUACGGUCACCGUUUUCAUCCAUUCCAUUCCAUCCAUCACCACUUUCAACUCCUAAACACCUCUCUUCUAUUGCUUCCUAUUUGAGGCAUUCGCACUCUUACAUCUGAGACCUUCUUACAUACUCACAAUCCCACUUACACAUCAACCCCACACAACUGCAACCAUGGGCAAGACUGCUGUUCACUUUGGCGCUGGCAAUAUCGGCCGUGGCUUUGUUGCCUGCUUCCUUCACAACUCUGGCUACGAUGUCGUCUUCGCUGAUGUCAACGACUCAAUCGUCAACCAACUCAACAACACUCCCUCAUACCGCGUCAUCGAAGUCGGCUCUGAAGCUACCGUCGAGAACACCAUCACAAAUUACAAGGCCAUCAACUCGAGGACACACGAGGAGGACCUGAUUGAGACCAUCCGCACAGCUGAGAUCGUCACCUGCUCAGUCGGUCCCAACAUCCUCAAGUUUAUCGCCCCUGUCAUCGCCAAGGGUAUUGACCGCCGAUCAACAGAAGAGUCUCCCCUGCAUGUCAUUGCCUGCGAGAACGCCAUCGGUGCCACUGAUACCCUUGCCGAGCACAUCAAGAACAACACUGAUGCCUCUCGUCUUGAGGACCACCACCUCCGCGCCCGAUACGCCAACUCUGCUAUUGACAGAAUCGUUCCCGCUCAGGACCCCGAUGCUGGUCUUGACGUGACACUCGAGAAGUUCUUUGAGUGGGUCGUUGACCGCACUCCCUUUGAGGAUGUUGGCAUUCCCGACAUCAAGGGCAUCAACUGGGUUGACAACCUUGAGCCCUUCAUUGAGCGCAAGCUCUUCACUGUCAACACUGGCCACGCCACCGCUGCCUACCACGGUUACAACCGAAGAAAGCGCACUGUCUACGAUGCUCUCCAGGACAAGGACAUCAUGGCUGAGGUUCGCGGUGCACUUAUGGAGACCAAGAACCUGAUCGUCUCCAAGCACGCUAUUGACGAGGAGGCCCAGGCCGCUUACGUCGAGAAGAUCAUCAAGCGAAUUGGCAACCCCCAUCUUGAGGAUGCCGUCGAGCGCGUUGGCCGUGCUCCCCUCCGAAAGCUUUCUCGCAAGGAGCGAUUCAUCGGCCCUGCUGCUGAGCUCGCUGAGAACGAUCAGCCCAUCAAGUACCUCCUCGACGCUAUCGAGAUGGCCUUCCGCUUCCAGGAUGUCCCCGAUGACGAGGAGUCCAAGCAGCUCGCUGAGAUCAUGUCCGAGAACGGCCCCGAGGACGUUGUCAAGCAGGUCUGCGGCAUUCAGGACAACGAGAAGAUCUUCCCUCAAUUGGUCAGCGUUGUGCAGCGCGUCCAGGCCGACAGUGCUGAGGAAUAAGCGAUUUUCAUUCGGUGCGAUUAACUAGAAGAGAUGGAGCCACGGGUAUGAAGUGGCAUGGCAUGGCGUUUUACGAGAUAUGACAUACAAUUUGCUUCAAUGGCAGCAUGGCGCAGGAAAGGACUGGGAUUCAAUUCGAGCCUUAGGCAUGAUUAUAGAUUGAUAGCACUGAAUACAUCGGUUGCUCAACUAC